AUGCUGGAGGUUCACCGAGACCAGGGCUGGAGAAAAGGCUUCUGGGCCCCGGCCCAACCUCUGAAGCAGCAGCAGUCCUGGAAGCUUCUGGCCCUCUUGGUCCCGGGACACCACGGAGGUCUCGAAAGGGCAGUGGAGAAGAGUGAAAGUCCCCCUCGUAGUCCCAAUGGGGCCCCAGUCCGCCCUGGCCCCGCCCCUAGUCCCACCUUCGGAACCAGGGUCCGAAAGGGCGGGGGGACCUCUGAAUGGGCAGCAGUGCUGGAAGCUUCUGGAACUUUCCACCUGGGGACACCGGAGGUUUUGGAAAGUCGGGAGCGAGUCUGUGGAACCGGGCAUUGCUGUCACCCUUCCGAUCUCCAAUCAUUGGAGUCCGCGCCCCUCCCCUCUUCGGGCCCGCCCCGCCUCGCUCCACCCACUCUCGAGGCCCUCCCCGCGCCUGCCGUGCUCCAGCCGCGUGCUGCGUGUGCCCUCAUCCCGUGCGUGCGCGUGUGUGCGUGCGCGGAGGGCUGGUUCAGGCGUUCGGGAAUCUCGUCUUCUCGUGCCGCCUGCGCCUCCCCUCCUCCCCGAAGGUCGGUUUUCCUCGCUCUCCCGUGUCCUAGCGCGCCUCCUGAUCCUCUCGGGCCCCCUCUUUCAUCUGUCCCUCGACACUUGCUCUCCGGCAAUGCUCUACGGGGGCUCAGCGCGCUUCCUAGCCCUAGCUUUCACCUCAGCGCUCCUGCUGCAUGGAGGAGCAUCUGGAGGCAUUCACAAUCUACAGGGAAUCCUUUCUUGACCUGGACUCUGCGCUGGAUCUCCGUCAUCAAAGUGACAAAUAAUUUUGGAGCUGGGAAGAGUUUGGAAGAUGGACUGGGUGAAUCUAAAAGAAAGGAGUUUGCAAAAGAUUUAAUAUUUGACCAGACCGGCUCCUUGUAUGCUCGAAUUGAAAGAUUUAAACGUGGAAGUGGCAAGCCCAGUCAAAAGUCAGAUUUUGACUUGGGUGAUGCCUUAGGUCCUCAGACAACUGCUAAAUCCUCUCCAAAGAAAACAGAUUUUGACUUGGGUGAUGCCUUAGAUCCCAGGACAAAUACUAAACACACUACAAAGAAAACUGAUUCUGGAUUUUCUGACUUUGAUUUGAGUGAUGCCUUAGAUGAUAGAAAUGACAGAUUCGAUGGCGGUAGAGGCAGAUCCGAUCUAAAACCUGGUGAAGGUCUAACAGAUAAGGAUCUAGAAGAUAUUAUAGAGGGUGGCUACAAACCUGAUAAGGGCAAAGGUGAUGGCAGGUAUGAUAGCAAUGAUGACCCUGGAACUGGAACAUUAACAGAAACCGGGACAAUUGCCAGCAUAGCCAGUGCCCUUGCAAUGGCACUCAUUGGAGCAGUCUCCAGUUAUAUUUCCUAUCAACAAAAGAAAUUUUGCUUUAACAUUCAACAGGGUGUCAAUACAGAUUAUGUGAAAGGACAGAGUCUGGAAGGUGUGAGCACUGAAGAACCUCAAGUUAAAUAUUCAGCACUGCAACCCCAAUCUGCAGAGAAACCUCCCCAAGAGACUGCAAAGAUUUAAGUCCACAGCAAUAAGUCCCUAUUUCAGAUGCUUGUAUUUGUGCUUAUCUAAUUUGGAUUGCAAGUUGUUCUCCAGCUCCUUGGAACAACUGGCUUCUUAUUAACCCAAGUUGUUUUGUGGGUGGGGGAGGAAGAGUUACAAUUUACUAUGAGAUAAGUGGCCCAGCCUAUCUUGGCAAUGAAAACCCAGGAGAUUUAUUCCAGCUCCUAGGGCCUACUGUUCUCUUGUACUCAGACAGCAAUUUUCUAAAGGAAGUCCAUGGUUCUCUCAUGUAGUUGGAAAACUGAAAUAAGGGUAGCAGGGGAAAAACAAACUAAGCAUGUUGAUAGACUGCAUUACUGAGUAGAGUUAGAAAAAUCCAUGUUGUACUCCUCUAUCUGACAACUUCCAAACCUGAGCAUCUCCCCCCCCCCCCCCCCCAAUUCUAAGGUGGUCUGUGCAUGUGCAAUCUGCUGCAUUUCCCAUAGAUGUAGUAAUUUUAUUUAUUUACUUGUACUGGUGUGGGAGUGUGUUUGACUGAAAACACCAGGGUUUGAGCCUCUCCAGCUCUGUUUUAUUUGACAGCAAGAGGAGAUCAUCUUCCUUCUGUAGUCCUAUGAAACUGUACCAGCAGAGCUUUCUUGGCCAUCACUUAGAAAACUGAACGCAUUAGUGCAAUACUAGAGUUAAUCCUAGGCCCUAAUCGCAUGUCCAAAGGGCAGGAUGCAAAAAUCUUUUCUAUGUGUUUGUCAAGUUUGGUGCUAGCACUGGUCAAAGACCAGUAUUCUAGUCUGGGCUUGUGGCAAGGGACAUUGGUUCUGAGAGAACCUAAUCACUAAGGGUUCUUUACCACUCAAAAUGUGCUGCUCAGAAUAAGAACCAGAUAGCUUAAAAUUGAACCAUCCAGAGCUAUUUCAGAAGAUAAAUAUUUCAUAGGCCAAAUAGAAUUCUAUUUGCAUGAAACCUCUCAACUCUGAGCAGAACUUACCUGAAUUGGCAUAUCCUCAAUUUCCAGACAAAUCUGCUUUCCUGGAAACAUUUUUCAACUAGUCUAACCAUAUUACUACUCACAGAAGAAAUGUCUUGUGAAACUUUUUGGAAGUACUUUCUUAAAGCUGUGUAAAGAACUCAAUGUUAAUAAAGAAACUGUUUCCUUCAAA